AUGGGAAAAGAGGGAAAAGCUGGCAAAGAGCGUUUAGAUAAGUAUUAUCACUUAGCUAAACAAUAUGGUUACAGAGCUAGAAGUGCAUUUAAACUUGUUCAAAUGAAUAAAAGAUAUGACUUUCUUAGUUCAGCACAUAUUUUAAUUGAUUUAUGUGCAGCCCCUGGAGGGUGGUGUCAAGUCGCAACCAAAGAAAUGCCAGUUGAAUCCAAAAUUUUUGGAGUAGAUUUAGAACCAAUAUUACCAAUUCCAAGAUGUACAACAUAUGUAGGGGAUAUCACAACUGGAAUGUGUUUUGCUGAAAUGAAAAAAUUAAUGAAAGGAGAACAUGCAGAUGUAGUGUUACAUGAUGGUUCACCAAACAUGGGAAAAUCUUGGAUUCAAGACGCAUACACUCAAUCAGAAUUAUGUAUCGCAGCAUUAAAGUUUGCAGUAACCUUUUUAAAAAAAGGAGGAUGGUUUAUAUCAAAAGUGUUUAGAUCACAAGACUAUUAUGCUAUUCUUUUUGUUUUUGAAAAAUUCUUUAAAUCAGUUAUUGCAACUAAACCUCCUGCUUCUCGUAAUACAUCUGCUGAAGUUUAUUUAGUUUGUAAAGACUUCUUAGCACCUUCUAAGUAUGAUCCUAAUUUACUUGAUCCAAAAUUUGUCUUUGCUAAAGAAGAAGAAACUCAAGUACCUGAUUUAUUUAGCACUAAACGCCCUAAGCCUCAAGGAUAUGAUACUUCAAAAGCAUUAGUUUAUAACAUUGGUAAUGCAAAAGAAUUCUUACAAGCAGAAGACCCAAAGGCAUGGUUAGCUACACACACUGCUAUUCAAUUUGAUGAAGGAUUACCUGUUACAGAAGAUAUCAAAGGAUAUGGGAGUGAUAUUAGAAUGCUUGGAUCAGCUGAAUUAAAAUUAUUAUUAAAAUGGAGAGAUAUCAUUGUCAAAAAAAUCAAAAAAGAACAGGAAGAAGCAGAUAAAAUUAAAGCUGAAGAAGAAAAAAUGAAAAUUGAAGAUAAGGUAUUAACUGAACAAGAAGAGCUCCAAAAGGAACUUGAAAGAGAGGAAGAAGAAGAAAGGGAAGAGGAAAUAGCUAAAAAUAAGAAAACAGCUAAACAAAAACGUGCAGAAGAAAAAAAGAAAAGAAAAGAGCAAAGAAUUAAAGAAGGUGGAAUGGAUAUUGCUAAUUCAAGUGGGUAUGAUGAAGUUGAUCAAUUGUUUAGUAUUGAUGAUUUAAAAAAUCAACAAGAUUUGGAUAAUUUCUUUAAUAUGACUAAUCCUGUAGAAUUAGAAGAGGAAGAAGAGCAAAGAAAAAAAGAAGAAGAGGAAAAUGAAAAAAGAGCUGAGCAAGAAAGAUUGGAACAAAUGACAUAUGACCAACGUUUAGAUGAACAAUUCGAACGGGAGUAUAAAGAGUUCCUUGAGAGAAGAGGAAAAGUUAAGGUAUUGGCUAAAGUUGGUGAAAUGAAACGGAGCGUGAUGGUUCAGUCAAGUCUUAAUGAUGGGGAUAUUAUCCGUCAGGCUGAUCAAAAACCAAGAGAAGAGGUUAUUGAAGAGGUUGAUGAUGUUGUACAUCAAAAAGGAAUAUUGUCUUCUGAAGGAAAAAAUAAUAAAGAAGAUUUAUGGUGGAGCAGACAUGGAAUGGAUGAUAUUUCUGUUCAAAUGGGUAUUUUGGAAGAAGUUUUAAAGAAAGAUCAAGCCAAAGAAGAAAAACUAAAAGGAGAGGUAAAAAAUGAGAUUGACGACAAAUAUGAAGAAGAAGUUCAGGGAGAAGAUCAGGUUAUGAAAGAAGAGAGUGAUGAAGAAGAAAAUGAAGUAAUUGUAUCUGAAGAUGGGGAAAGUGAUGAGUAUGAAGAGACUGAAGAUAGCAAUAAGGAUAGUAAAUCAAGUGAAGAGGAUGAUGAAAUAAAUUGGGGUCCUCAUAUGGGAAAAGAAAAGCUUAGCCAAGCACUGAUUGUUGCAGGAAGAAUAGUAAAAGACCCCAAACAAAAGAAACGGUUAUUAGAACAACAUAUUUCAAGAUGGACAUUACCAGAAGAUGAAGAUACACCAGCUUGGUUUAGACAUGAAGAAGAAGAACACAAUAAAUUAACAUUACCGGAAACCAAAGAAGAAGUAGCUGCAAUGAGAAGGAGAUUAAGAGAAAUUGAUUCUACUCCCAUAAAGAAGGCAUGGGAAGCAGAAGCUAGAAAGAAAAAGAAGUUACAAACAAGGAUGAGAGCCCUUGAACAACAGGCAUCAAAAAUUGAAGGAGAUGGUGAAAUGAACUCAAAAGAACAGUUAAGAAUUCUUAGCAAAAAAGCAAAAAAACUUAACAAAAAAUUCUCUGUCCAUGAAGGUGUUAGGUUUGUUAGUUCUAAGACAGGUAAGACAGUAGGAGGGUCAUCAGGAAGAAUGAAAUUAGUUGAUCCAAGAAUGAAAAAAGAAUUAAGGGCUAAGAAACGAAUUGAAAAAGGAAAAACCAAGAAAGGAGGAAAAGGAAAGAAGAGUUUUGCUAAAAGAAGAUAA